AACCAUAAAAUAAACAAAAACCAUACAGCCCAAAACAAAUUCAAGACGGAAGUGUAUUUUUUUUCCCAAAGCCGCGCAUCCUGUUUGAGCUUUUCGCGCACACACACACACACACACACACACACACACAGGCACAGACACACGCACACACACACUUUGAGACGCGUAACUGGCUCGCGCUCUCGCACACGUAUAAGAGUUGUGGAAACGCAAACAGUUAACUCGCCUUAUUGAUAAUAAAAAGGGAAACUUUUACCCCCAACCACCCACCAAAUAAAAGAGCAACACACAGCACAGAAAAGACCAGCAAAAUGACUGGUUUCACCAACGCCGGCUUUGAGAAUGAUGAGCCCGUCAAGCCAAAAGCUGGUUUCGAGCCCGACACCGCCUCGCUGCGAGAGAAAGUUGUGCUGAAUCCGGCCGAGAAAUGGCGCAUAUUAAAGAAUAUCUCAAUCAUCUCGAUAGCGUUCAUGGUGCAGUUUACUGCGUUUCAGGGCACGGCCAAUCUGCAAUCCUCGAUCAACUCAAAGGAUGGUCUUGGCACAGUAUCGCUCAGUGCCAUAUAUGCGGCGCUGGUUGUCUCUUGCAUCUUCCUGCCCACGCUGAUCAUUCGCAAGCUGACGGUUAAAUGGACGCUCGUUUGCAGCAUGCUCUGCUAUGCGCCGUACAUUGCCUUCCAGCUGUUCCCGCGCUUCUACACCCUGGUGCCGGCUGGCAUUCUGGUGGGUUUGGGCGCGGCGCCCAUGUGGGCGUCCAAGGCUACAUAUCUGACACAGGUUGGGCAGGUGUAUGCUAAGAUAACUGAACAAGCUGUUGAUGCCAUUAUUGUGCGCUUCUUUGGCUUCUUCUUUCUGGCCUGGCAAUCCGCUGAGCUUUGGGGCAAUCUCAUCUCCAGCUUGGUUCUGUCCAGCGGCGCACAUGGUGGCAGCAGCAGUGCCAAUUCCACAAUCACCGAGGAGGAUUUGCAGUAUUGUGGCGCAAACUUUUGCACCACCGGCAACGGCGGCCACGGCAACCUGGAGCGUCCGCCAGAGAAUGAGAUCUUUGAGAUCUCUAUGAUCUAUCUGGCGUGCAUUGUGGCCGCCGUGUGCAUCAUUGCCUUUUUCCUGGAUCCCCUUAAGCGCUACGGUGAGAAGCGCAAGGGCUCCAAUUCGGCUGCGGAACUGUCCGGCCUCCAAUUGCUGUCGGCCACGUUCCGUCAAAUGAAGAAACCGAAUCUGCAGCUGCUCAUACCCAUUACAGUCUUCAUUGGCAUGGAGCAGGCCUUCAUUGGCGCCGACUUUACCCAGGCAUAUGUCGCCUGUGCAUUGGGUGUCCAUCAGAUUGGGUUCGUGAUGAUCUGUUUUGGCGUUGUGAACGCUCUCUGUUCCAUACUAUUUGGCUCCGUGAUGAAGUAUAUUGGACGCUUGCCCAUCAUUAUUCUGGGCGCUGUUGUUCACUUCACGCUCAUCUCCGUGGAGCUUUUCUGGCGGCCCAAUCCCGACAAUCCAAUCAUCUUCUAUGCCAUGUCCGGACUGUGGGGUGUCGGCGACGCCGUCUGGCAGACGCAGAUCAACGGCCUCUACGGUCUACUCUUCAGGCGAAACAAGGAAGCUGCCUUCUCCAACUAUCGCCUAUGGGAAUCCGCUGGCUUUGUCAUCGCCUAUGCCUAUGCCACAACGCUCUGCACCCGCAUGAAGCUCUACAUUUUGUUGGCGGUUCUCACGCUCGGCUGCAUUGGCUAUGUGAUUGUUGAGAUUCUCUACAGAAAGAAGCAACGCAAGAUCAAGAAGCAGGAGAAACUCGAGGCCGCCGAGAAGGAGAAGGAGGCCGCUGCCGCUGCGGCAGCUGCUGCAGCCGCUGCAGAGGCCAAUACCGGCUUCGGCGACGGAGUCGAGGAGACCGAUGAUGAGCUCGAUGAUCUUGAAGAAGAUAUUGUAGUCACGCGCCUGUAAUAAUCGUAAUUUGUUAAUUGUUGUACGUUCUUUUUGUUUAUUUUGCCGACGGCGUCGUUGCGGCUGCUACAGCUCCACUGUUAACGGGUAACGGGUAACAGUGAGCAAUUCUGUUAAUCAAACACGAGUGCAAAACUGUAAAGCAUAUGUAAAUUCAAACACACACACACACACACCAAAAACUAUUGCAUAGCUGCAGGCGCACACAUUUCGUCGGCGCUAAUCGUUGUAGUUGUCGUAGUACUUAGUACAUUCCCUCUUCCCAAUCCAUUUAACACAAAAGGCCAACAGGCAAGCGCACACUCCUGCGCUUAUAUAUAUAUAGAUAAAUAUAUAUGUGUGUGUGUGUGUGUGUUUAUGUAGAAAUGUGUGUGUGUGUAUAGGUGUGUGUGUGGUCUUGUGCUCGUGUCACGCACAAAUUUAGUUUGUACAUACAUAUGCAAGAAAUGUUAGCAGAGAGUUUUGCAAGUUUAUAGCAAUUGACGACAGAUGGCGCCUUUAACUUAACCUAGUGUGAAUUACAAGCAUCGGUGUGUUAGUUUAGCUGUAAGACAAACACGACACACAGACAACACACACGCACACACACGCAUGCAUGCACAAGCACCACGCACAAUGACAACAUGCUGCAGCAGUAUGUGUGUCAAUAUGCCUAUUAAAUUGUUAUUUUAUUUUAAAAACUAGCAUUAAAUCUAAAUAUAUAUAUGAAUUUUUUUUCAAUUUUUUUUUUUUGCUUAUAUACAACAACAAACAAUUAAACAAACAAGAAAACGUGAUAACCAGCCACACUCACAAAUAAACACACACACACACACACACAUGUAUACAAACGUACACACACAGACACGAGUGCACACAGUCACAAAAUAGUCAAAUUUCUAAACUAAAACUGGCCGCGAAAACUAAUAUUAAAAAUAAUUAUAAUUAAGCAGUCGAAAAAAAAAACAAUAAAAAUAUAUGCAAAAAA